AUGAUGCAGAUCUGUGAUACCUACAACCAGAAACACUCUCUCUUUAACGCCAUGAACCGCUUCAUCGGCGCUGUGAACAACAUGGACCAGACGGUAAUGGUGCCUAGCCUGCUGCGCGACGUGCCUCUGGCUGAGCCCGGGCUAGAUAAUGAUGUCGGGGUGAAGGUGAGUGGCAGUGGCGGUUGUCUGGAGGAGCACUCGCCUCCAGCCCCCGGCCCGGGAAGUGCCAACGGCAGCUUCUUCGCGCCUUCCCGGGACAUGUACAGCCACUAUGUGCUGCUCAAGUCCAUCCGCAACGACAUCGAGUGGGGGGUCCUGCACCAGCCACCAGCGGCAACGGGCAGCGAGGAGGGAAACACCUGGAAGUCCAAGGAUAUCCUGGUGGACCUGAGCCACCUGGAGGGUGCGGAUGCGGGUGAAGAAGACCUGGAGCGGCAGUUUCACUAUCAUCUGCGCGGGCUACACACUGUCCUCUCCAAACUCACGCGCAAAGCCAACAUCCUCACCAAUAGAUACAAGCAGGAGAUCGGCUUUGGCAACUGGGGCCACUGA